AUUGUUCUGAACAAUUAGUGCAUCCCUCCAUCAUCUAUGAAUGGAUAGGAACAGUACCGUUAAUGGCUGGAUAUUAUUGGUUUCAACCCAAGUUUAAGUGUAACUAUAAGUUAAGAUAUACUAGUAAAAUGGGCGCGGACUGUAUACAUGGGCAACAAAUACUCAAAAUUCCAGCUUGGUCAGUUCAGAUACAAGCUGCAAAACAAAAACAAAACAAAACCAACCAAUCAACCAAAAACAGGUAAGCCAUCUAUGGCAGCUUGGAAGGUAUUUUGUGGCGUCCUGAUGACUUUCUCAAUUGAUUAAUAAAUGUUUGAAAUUUUAUCAUGGAUUGAUAUUUAUUUUCUUUAAAAAAAGGAAUUAUUUACUCAGAAUUGGGCAGUGCCAGUAAUUCAGAAAUGAUUUCCUUUCUACCAGCUGGCAUAGAUGGUCAACCUGCUUGGCCAACUGAUCCAACAAGGCCAGGGUGACAUGUAAUGGCUAUUUAAAGUGUAAUAUAGCGUUUAAACUAAAUGGAAGCCAAUGAAUAUAAUGAACUGAUGUGAUGAUGCAGUUGUUAAACGAAGAUAAAACUAUGACAUGCUGCUUUCCUCCACAACAAGCGAUGAUCUCGGCCCCGCUGAGUGAAUCAUUUUGCUGCAGUUCGUAUUCUCGCGAGAUUUCAGAGUGGUUAGCGCGCGAAGGGAGGGCGCAGCAGGGAAGUGACUAGUGCCAGGACAGGCACACGGGAGAGUCCUAAAGUUACCCAUAAGCGGAGACAAACUCAUGAAGGACUGCUAAAUUCCAGGACGUUUUGGUGCUCUGAGUGCGAAUUAAACUUGUUACGAGGUGAAAGGUUUGCUGCAGCGCAUCGUGUUCGGCUGACCGUGCACUGGGUUGUUUUUUCACUUAGCUACAUUUCGGCUGCAGGAAACUGAGAGGCGGCUGCGGAGUUAAAGCCGAAGUUUGCGCCUGCCCGCGGGCUCCAGCUCUGCAGGAAUGUCGCAGAAAGAAAGACCCACGUUUUACCGUCAGGAAGUGAACAAGACCGUUUGGGAGGUUCCGGUGCGCUAUCAGAACCUCUCUCCAGUCGGCUCCGGUGCAUACGGAUCUGUGUGCUCAGCACUUGAUGUGAAAUCAAGUUUGAAGGUUGCUGUGAAAAAACUCUCAAGGCCAUUCCAGUCCAUUAUCCAUGCCAAAAGAACCUACAGAGAAUUGCGGCUUCUCAAGCACAUGAAACAUGAGAACGUAAUAGGCUUGCUGGAUGUUUUCACACCUUCCACCACUCUGGAGGAUUUCAGUGAUGUGUACCUGGUGACUCACCUGAUGGGUGCAGACUUGAAUAAUAUAGUGAAAUGUCAGAAGCUGACUGAUGACCAUGUGCAGUUCCUAAUCUACCAGAUCCUUCGAGGACUUAAGUACAUCCAUUCAGCAGAAAUCAUUCACAGAGACUUAAAGCCCAGUAAUUUGGCUGUGAAUGAAGAUUGUGAACUUAAGAUCCUUGAUUUUGGCCUGGCACGGCAUACGGAUGAUGAAAUGACAGGAUAUGUGGCCACAAGGUGGUACCGUGCUCCGGAAAUCAUGCUUAACUGGAUGCAUUACAACAUGACAGUGGAUAUUUGGUCUGUUGGCUGCAUUAUGGCUGAGCUGCUGACAGGGAGAACGCUGUUCCCUGGCACCGACCACAUUGACCAGCUGAAACUUAUAAUGCUGCUCGUUGGAACUCCAGGAGCUGAGCUGUUGAUGAAAAUGUCAUCAGAAUCUGCCAGGAAUUACAUUAAUUCCCUGCCACAGAUGCCUAAAAGGAAUUUUGCUGAUGUAUUUAUUGGUGCCAAUCCUCUGGCUGUGGACCUCCUCGAGAAGAUGCUGGUUUUGGAUACAGACAAGCGAAUAACUGCAGCUGAAGCUCUGGCUCAUCCAUACUUUGCCCAGUAUCAUGACCCAGAUGAUGAACCGGAGGCAGAACCAUAUGACCAGAGCUUUGAGAGUCGAGAACUAGAGAUUGACGAGUGGAAACGUUUGACCUAUGAGGAUGUCAUCAAUUUCGAACCACCUGCCUUUGACGUGGAUGAAAUGGAAUCAUGAGAACAGUUCAGGACUGGAACGUCAGCAGUCUUUCAACUUUGUUAGCACUGUAAUGUUUUGCAGUUCUCUAACCAGACCGACAGUAUGAUUUUUAAGUGCCUGCCACUUUAUUUUCUUCGUUCUAGUCUUUUUAAAAAAUGUUUGUAUAUAAAAAAUGGCAUCUACUGAAUUAGGGAGCAAAACACAUCGAGGCAGAAAAAGGGACAUGAGUUAUAAGUGGAACCUCCAGUAGAGUUGAGUAGCAUUUUUGUUGCCCCCCACCAUGUUUCAGUUUAUUUGUCAUGCAAAUGAACAGACAUGCUAACAAUUUAAAGCUCACACGCACGCAUCAAACCAUCUCAGCUGGCAACAAAGUUUUAUGUUCAUUACACUAUGUCCCAACCCGGCAAACAUUGCAGGUCUGUGGAUUGAGCAUUACAAAAUCCAUUAACACUGGAAAAGUUAGAGAUCUUAUCUGCAAGUUGGAUUUUCAUCCAAAGGCAACAAAACUUUGUCACUGAUAUGACCAAAAUCUGCUUGAAUUAGUGUUUCUAUUGUUCUUACCUAAAUAGAAAAACAAUACUCCUGCCACCAAUGUCUUAUUUGACAUUUCCUGAAUAACGUUUUGCUGAGAAUAAAACUAGCUGGCUAGACCCCUGACCAUAGGUUUGAAAUAAAAUAUAGUUUUCAUUUUUAGAUAUCAAAAAUUUGCAUUUUAUUCUCUGCUAGUAGGAAUAUGUUUUAGAACAAGGUACUGAGACACAUGUAGCUAUAUUCUCAUGUUUUGUUGAACAGUUCAUUGUAUGUGCAUUAACGUAUGCACACAAGCUUCGCUAGAGACAUUUUGUCAAUCCAGGGGAGACCCCUGUAAAAUUCCCAAAAAAUAUUUUAAUGUGUGCCAUUUAGUUUAACUACAGUGAUUCUGCCAUUAUUUAGAAGAAUUUAUUGGCACCAGUGACAAGGUUAUUCCUUGUAUCUUUUUCAUCUUCUUUAUAUUUUAUGGUGUGUUUACCCUUCUGAGCUGUCACUGUGUGCAAGACUGUAAGACAGAUGGAAAGAAUGUGGCUGCAUGAUGUGAAUGGGGUUUUUCCUCUUGUGUUUUUGAGCUGUCAUUUAUGAAAUUAUGAAAUGUAUGUCAAUAUUGUACCAGUGUGAGAUAUUUAUAUACUGCAGAGGUGAUAUUAACUGGAGUGGCUGCUUCUGUCUGCUUUAUUUCCUACAUCAGACUGUAGAGAAUAUAAUCAAAUGAGCAUUGUUUAUUAAAGAAAAUAAAGGCAGAUAUUUUUCAGAGA